CGUCAAACUUUUGAAGCGAGCGGACGUGCGUCGCGGACGCAUCAAUUAAUAGCUCGCGUAUUUUUCCAACGCAAACAACGUGAAAUCGUAUCAAGUGCUUAUGUUUGUGUAAGCAUAAGUGCAGUGUGGCGUUGCAGUGUAAACAGUCGAAAUGAUAUUAGACUCAAAGAAGCCUAAAAACCGGCCGUUCAAACAAUCGAAAUGGCAAUUUGCGCAUCGCCAAGUGUUAAAUAAAUGCCGACUAUCGGGACGUCGACGCUGCGGCAGACGUUCGGUCAGUUGUUAUCAUUUCUUCAAACACAGUCGUGGCUUCCUGUGGUUCAUGCUAUGCAAUUUGUUGCUCAGUGCAAAUAACAGUGACGCCCAGCUGCUUAUAAAUGUGCAAAAUCAGGGCGGCGAAGUGAUACAGGAGAGCAUUACUUCCAACAUUGGCGAGGACUUGAUUACCCUGGAGUUUCAGAAAACCGACGGCACCCUUAUCACGCAGCUCAUCGACUUUCGCAAUGAGGUGCAAAUACUAAAGGCCUUGGUGCUGGGCGAGGAGGAGCGCGGCCAGAGUCAGUAUCAAGUCAUGUGCUUUGCCACAAAGUUCAACAAAGGCGACUUUAUAUCCUCGGAUGCGAUGGCCAAGCUGCGGCAAAAGAAUCCCCACACAAUUCGCACCCCAGAGGAGGACAAGGGACGCGAGACGUACACCAUGAGUAGCUGGGUUCAACUGAAUCGCUCGCUGCCCAUCACACGGCAUCUGCAAUCCCUCUGUGCCGAGGCCACAGAUGCCACCUAUGUGCGUGACGUGGAUCUCAAGGCUUGGGCGGAACUGCCAGGCUCCUCGAUUUCGAGCCUGGAGGCAGCAACCCAAAAAUUUCCUGAUGCGCUCUCGACGCGCUGUAACGAAGUGAGCAGCCUGUGGGCGCCGUGUCUCUGCAACCUGGAAACCUGCAUCGGCUGGUAUCCGUGUGGACUGAAGUACUGCAAGGGAAAGAGUGCGAGCAACGGGGGUGACACGUCCGGGGCACAGCAGCAACAGCAGACGAAUUAUCGUUGUGGCAUCAAGACCUGCCGCAAGUGUACACAGUUCACCUAUUAUGUGCGGCAGAAACAACAGUGCCUCUGGGAUGAAUGACGACGCGGCGAGCUGCAGCUGCUGCAGAUGCGAUGCGCCAAGCAGGAGAUGGUGGCAUGCGAUGCUGCUGCAAUGGGAAUUGCAAGUGAAACAACGGCAACGCCAAAAGCAAAAGCAACGACAAUAUCAACAACUACAAAAACUGCAACAACGAGCAGGAUGACAGCAACAACAACGACCAACAAAUUACGCCGACUGCUUUUGUUGGUGCAACAGCAGAUGCCUUUUGCACUGUGGAGUUUUCCGGUCCAUCACAUUUCCCAUCAUCAUCAACAUUCUCAGUUCCAUUCCCAGCCCCAAUCCCACUCGAAAUCCCAUUCUCAACCUCAUCAUCACACGGCGGACGCCUUGUCGCAUCAACCGUCAACAAUGGCCGCCAUCGUGGCGUGAUAAUGCGACUGAAAACUCGGACUGGAUGUGAAACUCACAACUUUACACUCCCUUUUUCCUCCUCGACUCUGUCGAUAUUGUGUUGACAUUUUUUGUUCCGUCAGGUUCAUGUAUCAUUGUGGGCUGUAUAUAUGUAACUAAGUAUGUUAAUAAUAAAGCCAAGCUACAUUUACGCUUAUGUUGAUUUUUGGUUAGUCAACAUUUGGCUAAUAAACCUUUCUCAAUAAUCAUUUUAUAAUAAUUAUCACUCUAAUAAUCUCCCGCAUCUCGCAUUUAUCUUUAUUUUUAUUUACCUCACAAUAAUACUUGUAACCUCUUGCUCUCUUUGUAAUUUUCAUUUUGAUUAUCUUUCAUGUCUUUUGUUUGCAUUUCGUGUACCUUUCUCUCAGUCUGUUUAUCUUUGAGUUUUAUAUUAAAUAAUGAUUCAUUAAGUUUAUUUACGCUGUGCGGCAAAAUUCCCGCGCUGCUUUUCCUUAAUUUUUCUCAAUUGCUAUUAUUGAUGUGUACACAAAAAUAUAAAUAAUUGUCGCUUCAUUAAAUUUUGCGCUCUACGCCUUAUCCACCUCAAUCAUAUUAUUCUAUCGUUAUUCGUAAUUCUAUUGAAGAAGCUCAAGUUGAAAUGUUUUUAUAGCAUUUAGAGAUAGACAGGUCCUGUUCCCAACUCCGCUUUCGCUUCAAUUUCACCGAAAAGUGUGGAUUUAAUUGAAUCAUUUUUCGUUAAAUUCCUUGGGAUCAUUCAAAAUUUAGGGAAAUUCAGACGAAAGCCUAAGCUGGAAUGGGCCUGUUAAUUAAAAAAUAUAAAAUUAAAUGUGGCCUUAGCAUAUUUUAUGAGCACAGUUUUUAGAAUUCAAGGAUUUGAGAACCAUCACACACCCCGACAAAGUUUGAAUUGUGCUCAUAAUAGAUAUUAAAGUUUUACUUGCCAUAUAUAAGAGUGUAGUUUAUAAUGUUUCUUAUAUACUAACCAAAACGACUGCCGAAAUGCUUUUUUAUACUAUUAUCCCAAAGAUGGAUGUUCAUUACACCCUCAAGAAUAAAUCACAAGAAGAAUUUGAAUCUAUAAAUUGUUUUCUCUUAACGCCCGCCUGCCUUUAACUUUAGAUUUGUCCUCAAAACUUAUUCCACAUUAUAUCUUAACUUAUUCGUAAUAUCUAUUAAGAUCGAAGAGAAAAACCAAUAAGAUGCAUAAAACAAUACUUAGAACAAUAAUCUAUUGUAAAAUCUGAAAAUAACUAAUCUACUUAGAGUGUUAGAAUGGCUAUUUUCCUAAAAGGCAUACUACAAUUUAUUGAAAAUGAAAAUGUACACACAAAAUUCAACGAGAAUUUCAAUUUCGACUAAUGAACUUAAGCGAUUAACAAAAAAAAAUGCAGAGAUAAUGGUGAUAAUAAUUUUUUCUACAAUGCAAACUUUUUCUCUUACACACACUGCAAUGCAGAGCAAAAAAAAAAACACGAAAAUGGGGAAUACAAUUGUAUAUAAUUAAUUAAAAGAAUAAUUAUCUUAUAAGGUACAUGUAAUUUUAAAUGUAAUUUUACUGUAACUAACUAUAGCGCUAACUGUAAAGAUAACAAAAUAUGAACUAUAGAUGAAAAAAAGAAGAAAAAUAAUCGAAUAAUGGACUAGUCAUAAUAAAAGCAGCUGACAAAUUCUACAUUUUAUA